GUUGGAGGUCAGUGCAGUGGGAGAGGUCCUGACUCUGGAAGAGAGCCAAAAGUAAAAAUCGACAAUUGCUGAGAUUUCUAGCAAUUAUGAAUCCUAUUAGGUCCCAAUUAAUGGAUUCUGACAUGGAUUAUGAGAGGCCAAACGUAGAGACCAUCAAGUGCGUCGUGGUCGGGGACAACGCUGUCGGCAAGACCAGGCUUAUCUGUGCCCGUGCCUGCAAUGCCACCCUCACCCAGUACCAGCUGCUUGCCACCCAUGUGCCCACAGUCUGGGCCAUUGACCAGUAUCGGGUGUGCCAGGAGGUGCUGGAACGUUCCCGGGAUGUAGUAGAUGAUGUCAGUGUGUCCCUUCGUCUCUGGGACACCUUCGGAGACCACCACAAAGACCGGCGCUUUGCUUACGGGAGAUCUGAUGUUGUGGUUCUUUGCUUCUCCAUUGCUAAUCCCAAUUCCCUGCACCACGUCAAGACCAUGUGGUAUCCAGAAAUCAAGCACUUUUGUCCUCGGGCUCCCGUUAUCCUAGUGGGAUGCCAGCUGGACCUACGCUACGCUGACUUGGAAGCCGUCAAUAGGGCCAGGCGCCCUUUGGCCAGGCCCAUCAAGCCAAAUGAAAUCCUGCCUCCUGAGAAGGGCCGGGAGGUGGCCAAGGAGCUGGGCAUCCCCUACUAUGAGACUAGUGUGGUGGCUCAAUUUGGCAUCAAAGACGUCUUUGACAAUGCCAUCCGGGCAGCCCUCAUUUCACGUCGUCACUUGCAGUUCUGGAAGUCUCACUUGCGAAAUGUCCAGCGCCCCCUGCUACAGGCUCCAUUCCUCCCCCCCAAGCCUCCACCCCCCAUCAUUGUGGUUCCAGACCCCCCAUCCACCACUGAGGAGUGUCCCGCCCACCUUCUGGAGGACCCUCUCUGUGCGGACGUCAUCCUGGUGCUGCAAGAGCGGGUGCGCAUUUUUGCCCACAAGAUCUACCUCUCCACCUCCUCUUCCAAGUUCUAUGACCUGUUCCUCAUGGACCUGAGUGAAGGAGAGCUGGGGGGUUCCUCUGGGUCAGGGGGCCCCCGCUUAGAGGAACCCCAAGGUCACUCUGACCACCCCCACCACCAUCACCACCACCAUGGGCGGGACUUCCUGCUGCGGGCAGCCAGCUUUGAUGUAUGUGAGAGCACAGAUGAGGGAGGGGGUCCUGGCCCAGCAGGGCUCCGAGCUUCCACUAGUGAUGGCAUCCUUCGGGGCAAUGGGGCUGGGUACUUGCUUGGGCGUGGCCGGGUGCUCUCAUCCUGGAGUCGCGCAUUUGUGAGCAUUCAGGAAGAGAUGGCAGACGACCCCCUCACUUACAAGUCACGCCUGAUGGUGGUGGUGAAAAUGGAUGCUUCAAUUCAGCCUGGACCCUUCCGGGCCGUGCUCAAGUAUUUGUAUACUGGGGAAUUAGACGAGAACGAACGGGAUCUCAUGCACAUUGCCCACAUUGCUGAACUGCUGGAAGUGUUUGAUCUACGCAUGAUGGUCGCCAACAUCCUCAACCAUGAGGCCUUCAUGAACCAAGAGAUCACUAAGGCCUUCCACGUCCGUAGGACCAACCGGGUCAAGGAGUGUCUCGCCAAAGGCACGUUUUCAGAUGUGACCUUCAUCCUGGAUGAUGGGACUAUCAGUGCCCACAAGCCGCUGCUGAUCUCCAGCUGUGACUGGAUGGCCGCCAUGUUUGGAGGGCCAUUUGUGGAGAGCUCCACAAGGGAGGUCAUGUUUCCUUACACCAGCAAAAGCUGUAUGCGUGCUGUGCUGGAAUACCUCUACACGGGCAUGUUCAGUGCUAGCCCUGACCUGGACGACAUGAAGCUAAUCAUCCUUGCUAACCGGCUGUGUUUGCCUCACCUGGUUGCACUCACAGAACAAUACACGGUGACUGGACUGAUGGAAGCCACGCAGAUGAUGGUGGACAUAGAUGGAGAUGUCCUUGUGUUCCUGGAACUGGCUCAGUUCCAUUGCGCGUACCAGUUGGCUGACUGGUGUCUCCACCACAUCUGCACCAACUAUAACAACGUCUGCCGCAAGUUCCCCCGAGAUAUGAAGGCCAUGUCUCCGGAAAACCAGGAGUACUUUGAGAAGCAUCGGUGGCCACCUGUCUGGUACCUCAAAGAGGAAGAUCAUUACCAGCGAGCCCGGAAAGAGCGAGAGAAGGAAGACUACCUGCACUUGAAGCGGCAACCUAAGAGGAAGUGGCUCUUCUGGAAUGGCCCCUCAUCUCCUUCCUCCUCUGCAGCCUCCUCUUCAUCUCCCUCCUCCUCCUCAGCCGUAGUUUGAGAGCUGCCUCAACCCUCCCAGGACGACUCCACUGCUAUUCUCUCCUGUCCACCUGCUCUAGCCCCUUCAGUCCCCCUUUAUCUGCGUUUCCCCCCCUUCCCCUCACCAGGGACAAGAGGACCUAAUCCACUAGGCCCAUGAGGGUGGAGCAGAUAACACCAGCCAAACCAUUUCAAUGGAAGAAAGGCGAGGCUCUGGUGAGAGGCAUGGGGACUAGCUGAGGAUGGGAAGGAGCCAGAGCUUCCCAGGACUCCCCAAAGGAGGCAGCAGAGACAGCCAGCACUUCAGUCAUCCAUCCUCUUUUUUCCCAUUUGGGAUUUGGAACCCUAGUCAUGGCUGGAGAUCCAUGAGCCAAGGGAAUCCAAGACAUCUGGGUUUAUGGGAAGUUGUGAUUUUUGUAGAGGGCUUCUAUUUUGAUUGGGGGAGAGAGGGUCCCAAAUGCCUUGGUGAGGAGAGAACAAGGUUUCUCCCAGAACUGACUGACGUUUUUCCAAAGGACUUGUAGUUCGCAAAUGUGUUGGGGGAAAGUUCACUUGGGGCCAAGUCAAGCGCCACAGUCCCCCACCCCCUCUUUGUAAACCAGGGUUGGACUUGUCCUCACUCCAUCACUAGAGCUGCUCAUUUUGAAGAGUGUCUAUUUGAUGAAGAUGGCAGGAGGGCUAAGAGGGCCUUCUCCCACCCAUCACCCAGGCAUUUUACAGGGGGCCUUGUAGCCCAGGCAAGCCCCUGGUGUCUGAAUACAGCUAUAGCUGUUCAAAGCUCAGCAAGCUAGAAAUGGUGAUGCCAGUGAGAAACUCUUCACUGCUUACCUUCUUCCACAAGGCUGAGAGAAAACAGAAACCAACAGGAAUAGGUAGGAGUGAGUAGGAAAAGAAGGAAGGUAGAAGGGAGUGAGGGUCUGUGUUCAACAGCUACAGUUCACAGGACCUAGAACCAGAAAGGGCUAUAGAGAUGAUCUAGUCCCACUUCAACAGGUCUAGGGAGUUUAGGUGACUUACCUAAUGUCACACAGGUAGUUUGUGGUAGAGCUAGGAUUCAAACCCAGGUACUUUGUCACUACAUCAUACUCUUCCCAACCUCUGGUCAGAGAGCCCAGCUUUUUUUUUUGGGGGGGGGUUACAAGGAGAGACAGAAAUAACUAAAAUUCCCCCAAAAUCCUCCACAAAUUCUAUGGAACCAAAAGCAGAAAAAGAUACUUUACAUCCUUUAUAUUAAGCCAAACAAAAGCCACUGAGGCCAAGAGAGAAGGUUGCUAGAGAAGAAAGAAAGGACUGGGUUGUGAGAAUAGCUCUGCAGCCAGCUCUCCAAGUGGAAAGGGCUUCACCUCUGCUGUUUCCUGCCUUUAGGGAGCCCUGGAGUCACUGACUUAGUGGGGGAGGUGGUUCAGAUGGGCUAGAGGUGAAUUCUUGGCCCUUGGAAGCCUAGUGAUCAACACCUGCCCGCAAUGGCUUCCGUGUCCUCCCGGGCUGACCCUUUGGUUUUCCCUUCCCUAAGAGUGAAAGUCACACACCUGGUCUUUACUGGGUGGUACCAUGGGGUACUUUGUGUUGUGUGUGUAUAUGUGUGUGUGUGGGGGGGGGGGGAAUUAAUUGAGAGGAGUUAGGGAACUGGCUUUUCUUUAAAUUUAUGGCAUCUUCCACUCCUCCCCCGCCCCUCAAUUUGGGAGAGUGGAAAAAGGAUAGUGUGUAGAUCAGGACAAGAGGCCACUGUUUUGAGAAACAGAGCAGGGUUGUGGUUCUAGGGAGGGGAAGGGGGUGAUAAGAGAGCCUGCAGCCCCCAUGGAGCAAAAGGAGGGCUGGCAAAGCUCCUUUCUCAAUGUUCCUUUCCCUGACCCCUUUCCUUAGUAGCCUUAGUAUUAAGGCCUAAUUAGUAGCUAGUAUUUUUGUUGGCUCUAAGUUUUUAAACAGGGGCCUGGGAGGUAGGGGGGGAACCCUUCAGAGACUGACUGCCCCUUCUGGGCAGCUGUGGGAGGGGCCCACCUGGUAGUCUGAUGUCCUAGUAUGUUUCCUGGGCUCCAUAGGGCUGGUGGGGAAAAGGAAGCCCUGGGAUGUCAAGAAUUGGGUCUAGUCCAGGCUGGAUUGACCAGCCUGUUUAGCUUAUUGCAGAGCAAACUUUGUUCCAGACGAACAGUUAAACUGUGGGGACCACUAGAGCUCUGUUUUUCAUGUAUACUCUCUGCCCCAAGGUUCAUUUCCCAAGCUGACUGGCCACCUUGGUGAUGUGCUGCCCUCCGCUGGCCUUCUCUCCCUAUAUGCCCAGGCACAGGGGAAUAAGGCUGGUGCUGUGUUGACAAAUGCUGCUGUACCCUUAGUUUCUCCUUAAAAGAAAAAGGGCAAGUACAGUAUGGUGUGAUUACAAGCAUCCCUACAUAGGGGCAGGGUAGAACUGAUCUUCACAGGGCCUUCAUGAAGCCCACAGACCCCCCGUGGCAGAAAGGGGGGGACAGGGUGAUGACUUGCCCAACAAAAUAGGGAGGUUUCCAGAGUUUUCAGGUCUGUGUUUGGAGUAAGAGGAUAGGAAGUCGGUUGAGGGAGAAAGGAAGGACCCAGCCAAAUGAUUGGAGUUUCCUGAUUGGAAAAAAAUGACUUCUUCCUUUCAAAGGUUUUUUUCCUAGAUGGGCCUGGAUAGAGCCUAGGAAGAAGAGAGAAAAAAAGGGAAACAUAAUGCCCAGUGAAGGACAGUUACUCCCUCAGGGAUCCCUCUCCCCUUCUCCCCUGCUGUGCCCUCAGAGCCAAUUUCUAUCACCCUCUGGUCCAGUUUGUGGCCUGGGGUACCAACCUAGCUGAACCAGCCCUUAGAGGGUAGACAAACUCUGACCCCUAGCUGGAAAAGCAGAUAUAUACCUCUCUGCUGGGGGAAGAGAUGGAGACGUUGCCCUCACAUCUCCUCGGGCUUUGAGAUGAAUUCCAAGAGUUGGCAUGAGUUAACGUAACUCGCCCAUGCAGGGCAUGGUUGACCAAAUUACAGAGGCAAGAACUGAUGCUACUCAUUGGGAGGUGGGAGGGAAGAAGGAGAAAAAAAAACCCUCUUUUUAUACAAGGUUUCAUAUUUAAUUUGAGCAUAAAUUCAUAAAUACAUAACUUUUAUACACAA